UGGGAUCUGGGCUGCGCGAGGUGCGCUCACGCUCCGCAGCUGGUGCCGCAGCCGGGUGCGGGGAACAGAACUAGUCCGGGAAAAGCACGUGCCGCGUUUCAGUGCUUGCUAGGCGGGCGUGUACGAGUAGGCCAUACCUGUCUAUGAUUCUUUGAGAACAUUAUAAUGUCCCUUUGUGCCUCUUCUCACAAGGAGUUUUCCUAGCUGUUACCUAUUCAAGACAUGGAUAUCAAAAACUCACCAUCUAGCCUUAACUCUCCUGUCUCCUACAACUGCAGUCAAUCCAUCCUACCCCUGGAGCCAGGCCCCAUAUAUAUACCUUCCUCCUAUGUAGAGAGCCACCAUGAAUAUUCAGCCAUGACAUUCUAUAGCCCUGCCGUGAUGAAUUACAGUAUUCCCAAUAACUCGGAAGGUGGGCCUGGUCGACAGACCACAAGCCCAAAUGUAUUGUGGCCAACUCCUGGGCACCUCUCUCCUUUAGCCAUCCAUUGCCAGUCGUCACUUCUGUAUGCAGAACCUCAAAAGAGUCCUUGGUGUGAAACGAGAUCAUUAGAACACACCUUACCUGGGAACAGAGAGACAUUGAAAAGGAAGGCUAGUGGAAGCAGUUGUGCCAGCCCUGUUACUAGUCCAAGUUCAAAGAGGGAUGCCCACUUCUGUGCGGUCUGCAGCGAUUAUGCAUCGGGAUAUCACUAUGGAGUCUGGUCGUGUGAAGGAUGUAAGGCCUUUUUUAAAAGAAGCAUUCAAGGACAUAAUGAUUAUAUUUGUCCAGCUACAAAUCAGUGUACAAUAGAUAAGAACCGGCGUAAAAGCUGCCAGGCCUGCCGACUUCGGAAGUGCUAUGAAGUCGGAAUGGUGAAGUGUGGCUCCCGGAGAGAAAGGUGUGGGUACCGCGUAGUUCGAAGGCAGAGAAAUUCUGAUGAGCAGCUUCACUGCCUGAGCAAAGCCAAGAAAAACGGUGGACACGUGACCCGAGUGAAGGAGCUGCUGCUGAGUGCCCUGAGCCCAGAGCAGCUGGUGCUCACGCUCCUCGAGGCCGAGCCGCCCCACGUGCUCGUGAGCCGCCCCAGCACGCCCUUCACCGAGGCCUCCAUGAUGAUGUCCCUGACCAAGCUGGCUGACAAGGAGCUGGUACACAUGAUCGGCUGGGCCAAGAAAAUUCCGGGCUUCGUGGAGCUCAGCCUGUACGACCAAGUGCGGCUCUUGGAGAGCUGCUGGUUGGAGGUGCUCAUGGUGGGGCUGAUGUGGCGCUCCAUCGACCACCCCGGCAAGCUCAUCUUUGCUCCAGACCUCGUUCUGGACAGGCUUCUGCAGCGAGAAAACUUGAACCUACUGAGGAUGAGAGGAAAAUCCGGGUAUCUCAGCUUAUUUCUAACAAGGGACGAAGGGAAAUGUGUAGAAGGAAUUCUGGAAAUCUUUGACAUGCUCCUGGCAACAACUUCAAGGUUUCGCGAGUUAAAACUCCAACACAAAGAGUAUCUCUGUGUCAAGGCCAUGAUCCUCCUCAACUCCAGUGUGUACCCUACAGCUGCAGCACCCCAGGAGGCCGACAGCAGCAAGAAACUGGCUCAUCUACUGAACGCUGUGACGGAUGCUCUGGUCUGGGUAAUCGCCAAGAGCGGCAUCCCCUCCCAGCAGCAGUCCGUCCGCCUGGCUAACCUGCUGAUGCUCCUUUCUCACGUCAGGCACGCCAGUAACAAGGGCAUGGAACACCUGCUCAACAUGAAGUGCAAAAAUGUGGUCCCCGUCUACGACCUGCUGCUGGAGAUGCUGAAUGCCCACACACUUCGCGGCAGCAAGUCCUCGGUCACAGGGUCCGAGUGCAGCCUGGUGGAGGAGAGUGAGAGCAAAGAGGGCUCCCAGAACCCCCAGGCUCAGUGAUGCCAAGCCCUGCGGUGUGGUCAGGCUGCAGAGGAGGGCAGAGGCUGAAGCGUGAACUCCAGCACAAAUCGUGAGCCCCACCAGGAGGGGGCGGGCUUCAUCGGCUUUCUGCUGUGUGAUCCCUCAUAUGGCCCCUCAAGACCAUCCUUCCCCGACCUCCCUACUUCCCAGGAGUCAGGGUGAGAAAGCCAGUGCUCCUUGUCACCAGGGGGCAUGUUUGAGUGCAGAGUUUAUGUCUUGCUUGGCCUCAUGGGAUCUCAUUGUGGUCCCUCUCACUUCCCAUCUCCCUCCCACCCUUUGGAAAACAUCUUCUUACAGCUUUUGGAAUGAUUGGUGGAAAUCUGACUUGGAAGCGUUGUCAAGUAGAAAGGGGAGAGAAUGUGGCACAUGCACAGGAAGGGGACUAAGCUUUAUUGUGCCACUUAACCUGCCCGCAGAAGUAGUCCUUUGUAUGCUGCCUUCUGGACCACUUGAUUGUAGGAUUGAAAACCACGACGGCAGUCAACUAACUGGUUCCACACACCUACCUCACAGGCCUGUGAGGACAGAUGUCACGUAUUGCUGUGACUCUAUCCAAGGCCAGAGGGAAUGUGACCUAGGGAACCAGUGGUCAAGUUGAGAUGCGAGCCAUGUUCAUCCCCCAAGACCUUGCUGCCACCUUCAUGCAGGUUUACCCCUCUUGGUUUGCAUUCAGAAAGCCUACAAAUUACUUGGUGUAUGUGUGUGUGUGUGUGUGUGUGUGUGUGUGUGUGUGUGUGUGUGUGAGUGAGAUCACCUUCAUGGAGAAGUGUGGAGAUUUAAAUACCCCUACCCCUGGAAUUGCCCUUUGUUAAAACUCUCUUGUCCCAAGGGGCCCCGUGUGUGUGCUAGAGAAAGGACCAGUGUUUGCAGGAAUGGGGUUUCUCCUGUGGGUGUGGGUCACAGCCACAGUGCUCCCCUGGGGCAGCCACAACUGCCACAUCAGCCACCCAGGGGAGACAGGGACACUUCAGGCUGUGUGUGUGAGGCAUGCUCUUGCACGGAAGGAUGAACAGCUACACACACGUCAGCGUGUCAGGUUCAGGGCCAAACCGUAUAGACGGGGUGAGCGUACCACUUGAACAAGAUUGUGAACUCUAUUUAAAAAAGAGAAAUAUUUAGGGUAAGUAUUUAUAGCAAGAAAAUUCUUUUAUACCCUAGGGCUCUUCUAGAAUAUUUUCUUAUCAGAACAUUUAUAUGGUGGGCUGGGUGAAAUAAAAAGUAAGAUACUAGUUCUUAUUCCAAGUGGAACAUAAAUAGGACACGGUGACAAAGCGCCUCUGAAAUUACAAUUUUAACUCACUUUUUAAAAACUGAAAUUUUCAUACAAAUUUUCAGGAACAUAGUGAAUGCAUAAAACGAGUUACAUCUAUACUUUGGAAGAGAGUAGUUAAAUAAUCAUGUGUGAUUUUUGCAAUGUUUUUAAAAAUUACCUUAUGAUAGGAGAUUAAACACACUUUUUGAAAAUAGUAAAUACAGAAAUAUGCUAGCCACAGUAAACCAAAGUCAUUAGGAAGAUUACAUUCAAUAACAUAAGGUUGGUUUCUGCCAGUGUGAUCUUGAAUAAUUCUUAAUUUUGAUAUCAAUGCAGUUUUACUAAAAAAGUUGAGCAAAGCUGUAUCGGAAACUCUUGGCCAUGUACCUAGAGAACACACCGUUGUCUGUAUUCUGAGGUGAUGUGAAAUUAUUCUUAGUGACUCGAUGUUGCAGCCUCAGCAAGCUUGAGUACAGCAAAUAUUUUUGAUUUUGUAGGAACGAGGGAACCAGUGUUUUCCAGCAGGUCAAUUUUCUUUCUUUCCAGCCAGUUUAGGAGCCCCCAUGACAAACAAGGGGGAUGGAGGCUAGAGAGUGGGAAGCAGGAGGCAAAGGAAGGCAGCCGUGAACAGUUAUUCCAAUGAAAUUCUCUUAAUUGUAUUUAUAGAAGAGACUCCCAGGUUGAAAAAGCAAAAAUAAAAAAACAAAAACCACACAGAAUGAGGUCGAAGCCGCAACCCCAUUACUAUGUAGUGAAGUUUUGCAGGUUGGAUUUGGGCGCCAAGGUAGGCAACCGAUUUGUCUCAGGUGUCCCAGCACCUGUCUGCGCCGCACCCUGUGUGUCACCCGCACGGUGCACGCUCUUAUGAAAACUCCUCCAGUGCCCGCUGCCCGUUUUCCACAGACACUCCUGCAUGCUUCUUGGGGCUGCUUGUUUCACUGCAUUUGGAGCAUGUAUGUAACACUUUUGGUCAUUUCUUCUUGGCUGUGGUCUCACCUAGGUGUGCUGAGGAACCCGGUCAGUCAGUCCAACCUGAGAGGCCGCCCUGGUGCAAGGCUGUCUCUUAGACUGGGGUCUGGGCCAAGUAGGUCACUGAGAUAAUAAGGUCUAUAGUUUAAAGGUGUUCUUUGUUUUGUUUUGAGUAUUCUAGGGCCCUUUCCCCCUUUCAGAUGAAGUGUGUGAAUCUCUGUUCCCAGCAGCUCCAAACGUGUCCUCUAAGGAUGACAAAGUGCAAAGUCAGGCUGCUGUUUUUCUGGGUUUUGAGUAAAACCUCCAUGUCCAUUUUAAAGAUUAGCCAUUUCUUAUUAAUAGUGCUUUCUUAAAAAACAAAACAAAACAAAACAUAGUGCUUUCUUUUAAACGUCUUCUUUUGGGGGAGGGUAUCUACCCACCCAAAUGGUCCAUGGGCAACUUGAAUUUCUCCCAUAGCUAAGCACAGUGUUUUCAAGUUCAGUUUUUAAAAGGAAUUAACUAGAGAGGAUAGGACCUGACAACUGUAAACAAGAAUUAAAUUGAGUAUUGGAAAAAAAAAUAACCCACCCAACUACAUUUUAUGUAUCAUGGAAAAGGGAUGCUCAGCUUUGCCUUAGACUCGUAUGGUGAGAUUCCUUUCUUACAUUUUGGUUUGUAAGUGAUCAUUUAAUACGCCAAACUUAGUUGUGGGAGAUGAGUGAUAUUUGAGCUGAAUUCCAAAAACAUGAAUGUCUAAUAUGGGAAUCAUAGAGACAAAUUUUAAUGAUAAUUAACAUGGAAUAUUCUUAAUACAGAAACCCCUAGCGCAGUGUUCACGCAGGUUCCUGGGAGAGCUGGCAACCGCUGAAAAGGACCCACAUGGGCCACCCCAGGAGGGCCGCGCAGUGAGUUGUCCACGUUCCGACUGCAUCUCCCUCCGUCCCCACCACAUCCUCUCCUUGUGGCCUCAGGCCUGUCACAUGCUCAAUUGUCCACCAGGACUAACUACAAAGGAUUCAACCCUAAAAUAAUUUUUGAAGAGAUUUAUCUUCAAAAAUUGUGGUGGGAGCAGCAGAUUAAGUUGUCAGCUCAAGAACGUUUCUGGAGGGUCUUAACUAUUAAAAACAAAACCAUGCAAAAUCAACAAAAGCUAUUCGGUGAGACAGUCUUUAUCUGGAUUACUUCCUCUGCUAACUCAGCUGGAAGACCAAUUAUUUUCAGUUUCACUUAAAAAAUAUCAGUUCCCAAUUCUUGGCAGAGCUACGUUAUAUAUUCAUAUCUAUAAGCUAUGUUGAAGCAAUUCUAGAAUGUUCUAGCAUGUGAAAACCGAGUUUGGUUGUUAUUUAAAUCUGCUAAGAAACUUGCAUAUAUUGGUACCUUUUCAAAUUCAAAGGUGAACCUUCAGUUUCUAGUCUAUUUUGAAACGAAACAUUUUUAUUUAAGAUUUGACAUUUCUUUAAACUGCUCAAAAAUCUUAAAAAGACAUAAUAAAGGUUAUAUGAAGGAAAUGAUAAAAAUACAUUGUUUAGUACCCAAAAAUAGUAUUUGCGGAACAUUGUGUGCCAGGCACAGUGCUCAGUGCCUCAUACAUUCAUAUUUAAUCUUCAUACUAAUUGCUGUUAUCCCAGUUUUCUGGCUCUGGAACCUAGAGUCUAAGCAAACUUGCUCAAGGUCACGCAGGGAGUAAGUGACAGAGCUGAAAGUAAUCAUGCGGUUUAAAAAAACUAAAGGAAGAAUACUUUUAGACUGCAGAAUCCUUUCGUCAAAUGCAAUCUGACAUGCACGGCUACUCUGGUUUAAAUGGCUCCAUUUCCAGAACACCCUGUAGAAGAGAGUUCAGUCCCAUCUUUUGUACACGUGUAAAUUAAAGCCCAGAGGGGUAAAUGGACCUGCUGAAGGUCAUAAAACUAUGUAACGGCAAAACUGGGACCAGAAUUCAGGUCUUCUGCCUGCCUGGCCAGCACCGCUCCUGCUACAGACUUGCUUCUGCUGCUUGAGCUGCGUCUCGGUGCAUAGAGGAGACACGGUUACGUUAUGGUUGCCUUCUACUGUACCCUCUGCCUUCUCAGCUUAGAUGGGGUCUGCGUGAACCUUUACAGAAUAGCAGCCGUGACAGGUGGGGAAAAAUAAGAUGAAUUACAUCAUUCCUAUCCUCCCAUCCUGGGCUCAUAAGCUCGUGGGUGGCACUGCCGUCACCUCCUCCUGUCAUCAUUUUCCCCAGAUGUGUUGCCGUGAAGUAGAUUCCCUGGAAACUUACCCGUGUAAAAUUCUCACACCUUUUAGGCACUGAUGCUUCCCCGUGGAGUCUAGUCUACUGCAGUGCAAAACACAUGCAUUUAUUCUUUACAGCUCUCCAAGUUGCUGGAACUUUGGCUCAAAGUGGCAGCUCAAAGAUGUGCAUUCUCUGCGGUGUUAUUCUUAUAACCCUUUUUGUUGCGUUGGAGUCAAGGAUCCUUUUUCUUUUCUUUUUUUUUUUUUUUGAAUUCCGAGGGUCCUAUUCACUUGUGGGGCCAGUCGGUGUUAUGUGAUGGUGGGCUUCCUUUAAGGGAACGACAAAGCUCUGACGAUAUGCUAGGCCACAACAGUUCCUGUAACUCUACAAUCUGUGCUGCCGCGUUUCUCUUUUUGUGCUGGGUGUCUAAGUGCCAUGACUGUAGGUCCUGUAACGUUGUUAUUCAGUGGUCCUGUGUACCUCAGAGCCCACUGGCUGGCUAUAACUUGUCAUUUUUUUUCAGAUGAAUGCUCUGUACCAUUAAGCAGGCUUUUAAAUUUGGGCCUUUUGACAAAUGAAUGUCUGCUGUUGUGUGAAAUCAGAUUUUGAAACCUGCUUUCCAUUCCUCCAGGUACUACUUUUUCUUUGCUGUGUGCUUUUAAUGUCUAUGGAACUGUUGCAGAAAGAAGUUUAAUGUGACAUAAGCUAAAUAAAGUGUUUUUUCAUAAUUUU